AUGGCCAGAAAGCCCGCCUCCCAUUCCGCGGCCUCGAAGACGAACACUCCCGUGGCCGCGGCCAAACCACCUCCAGCAGCACGAACAGUGUCGGGUGCCAUAUCAACUCCUCCUGCGGUCGCCGGAAAGCCCAUACCCCAAAGCACGCUGUCACCCCGAUCGUCGGCGCAGGAAAUCAUUGUCCAUGUCUGGAACAGAUACUUGCAAGACACCCCGUCACGAACGAUGCUGCUGGAUGUCUUCAUGUCAUUCCUCGUUGCUGUCGGAGCCGUACAGUUUCUGUAUUGCGUCGUAGCGGGCAACUAUCCGUUCAACGCUUUCCUAUCCGGAUUCUCCGCCGCCGUGGGCCAGUUCGUCCUAACAGCGUCCUUGAGAAUGCAGACAUCAGAGCGACCUCCUUCAGGAGCAUCGGCGGCCGCGAAGAAGAGCACCAGCAAGACUGUGGACGGCGUGACCGGCGAGAUAGUGGAAGACGGGAAGGUCAGCUCCGAAAGAGCGUUUGCGGACUAUGUCUUUGGCAGUCUGAUCCUGCAUGGUUUCUGCGUCAAUUUCAUCAACUAG